GUGGUCCCCCACGGAAAAGCCAAGGCAUUGCCGUAGAAAGAGGACAGGAUGCAGGACAAGGAAAACAAGAAAUAUUCAUUCCAGUUACUUUCAAAGUGCAUCAUGCUGAUCCACACUUAGCCCCAAGAGCUGCCUGUUAUAUCAAUCACGGAGUCGGGAUCUAUUUAUAGGUUGGGAGUACUGUGUCCUUAGUCACAAAGAGACACAGACAGGGGACUGUCAGCUGGUACCGGAGGAGCGGAGCAACGAGUUAUCAGCAACUGAAAGCACCUGAGGGGCCGCACAUUCCACCCCAGCCCAGUCCUUGUCCUCCACGCCAGCCCCAAGCAUGCUGCUGAACAGGAUGUCGUCGGACGACAGGCACCUGGGCUCCAGCUGCGGCUCCUUCAUCAAGACUGAGCCGUCCAGCCCGUCCUCGGGCAUCGAUGCCCUCAGCCACCACAGCCCCAGUGGCUCGUCCGACGCCAGCGGCGGCUUUGGCCUGGCCCUGGGCACCCACGCCAGCGGUCUGGACUCGCCACCCAUGUUUGCAGGCGCCGGGCUGGGAGGCACCCCAUGCCGCAAGAGCUACGAGGACUGUGCCAGCGGCAUCAUGGAGGACUCGGCCAUCAAGUGCGAGUACAUGCUCAACGCCAUCCCCAAGCGCCUGUGCCUCGUGUGCGGCGACAUUGCCUCUGGCUACCACUACGGCGUGGCCUCCUGCGAGGCUUGUAAGGCCUUCUUCAAGAGGACCAUCCAAGGGAACAUUGAGUACAGCUGCCCAGCCACCAACGAGUGUGAGAUCACCAAACGGAGGCGCAAGUCCUGCCAGGCCUGCCGCUUCAUGAAAUGCCUCAAAGUGGGGAUGCUGAAGGAAGGUGUGCGCCUUGAUCGAGUGCGUGGAGGCCGUCAGAAAUACAAGCGACGGCUGGACUCAGAGAGCAGCCCAUACCUGAGCUUACAAAUUUCUCCACCUGCUAAAAAGCCAUUGACCAAGAUUGUCUCAUACCUACUGGUGGCCGAGCCGGACAAGCUCUAUGCCAUGCCUCCCCCCGGUAUGCCUGAGGGGGACAUCAAGGCCCUGACCACUCUCUGUGACCUGGCAGACCGAGAGCUUGUGGUCAUCAUUGGCUGGGCCAAGCACAUCCCAGGCUUCUCAAACCUCUCCCUGGGGGACCAGAUGAGCCUGCUGCAGAGUGCCUGGAUGGAGAUCCUCAUCCUAGGCAUCGUGUACCGCUCGCUGCCCUAUGACGACAAGCUGGUGUACGCUGAGGACUACAUCAUGGACGAGGAGCACUCCCGCCUUGCGGGGCUGCUGGAGCUCUACCGGGCCAUCCUGCAGCUGGUACGCAGGUACAAGAAGCUCAAGGUGGAGAAGGAGGAGUUUGUGACGCUCAAGGCCCUGGCCCUCGCCAACUCCGAUUCCAUGUACAUCGAGGAUCUGGAGGCCGUCCAGAAGCUGCAGGACCUGCUGCACGAGGCGCUGCAGGACUACGAGCUGAGCCAGCGCCAUGAGGAGCCCCGGAGGACGGGCAAGCUGCUGCUGACGCUGCCCCUGCUGCGGCAGACGGCCGCCAAGGCCGUGCAGCACUUCUAUAGCGUCAAACUGCAGGGCAAAGUGCCCAUGCACAAACUCUUCCUGGAGAUGCUGGAGGCCAAGGUGUGAUGGCCCCGCACACGGACCAAUGCCCACCUACAGACGGACAAACGGACAGACCGAGGUGGAGACCUCCACAGCCACCAGCCUCCACCUUCAACCCCUGUAUCAUGGCUCUGAGCUGUCCCAGAGGCAGGGGUUUCUCACCUCCUGGCUGUGUGCAGACUCCCGGGUGCAGUGGGGCGGGGGACAGGGAUGGGGGGGCAGGGGUGUGGGGCUUGUCUGUAACUGGCUUUUUCUUUGGUAUGUCUUUCCUUCUCCAUGGGCAGUGUGGAGGCCUAGGCCAGGGCUGACUCCCUUUGGAAGUGGAGAUCACCGGAGCAAGUGCCCCCUCCCCUCCACCGAGCCACCAAGAGGCAGCAUGUGCAUUUCCUAACUCCCUUGCCCCCUCCCCCAUCUGCGGCCUGGGUGGGCACUGCUCAGGCUGGAUACCACCUGGAGCUUUUCCUUCCGCAAGGACAGGUACGCAAGGGACAACAGUAUCUUUCUUCCAGAGGCCCUAGCUGCUCUGAGAUCCUCUGGGGCCCCUCAAGAGGCCCCAUACCUUCCACAGUUUCCACUCAGCUUUCAGCCAGGGCGGACCCACAAGAGAGCAGCGGCUAGAGCUCAAGUGCUUCCUGGGCACCCCACCCCUCGGGGCCUACCCCCCUGCCUGUCACCCACCGCGCUGGUGUCCACCUGUCCUCCUCCUCUUCUCCUCCCCCGGGGAGUCCACCGCUACUUCCUGACCCUACCUCAGAGCUCACUCACCCAGUGGGUUCAGCCAGCCACAGCGACUCCAGGGUCUAUAGACAGGAAUGUGCUGGCACAGAGAAGAGCGGGGACCACACCAUCCUCCCCAGAACCCUCUCCCUCUUCUGCCUUCCCCCUCUCCCUCAAGGCCAGGUGAGCCUGUGAGAAGCUCAGGAGCCUGGCUCCAUCUGAGAGCACCCCGGGGGGAGCAUCAGGGCAGGAUGAACAGAGACCCAGACUCAUCUUUGCCAAGCACAGAAAGGCCCAGCAGCUGAGAUAAGUAGGCAAGGGAGCCCCAAAGGGAGGGAGCUCAGCGGGGUGGCCUGCCUCAUCCUUCCUGGCUUCCCUUCCCUGCACUCAGCAUCAUGCCGCAGGGCUAGUAUACCAGUGCCACAGGAGGGGUGCCCUCCUACCACACUUGGGCAACCAGAGGUUUGGUGUAGCUCCCCUGGGCACCGCGAGCAUGCCAGCUUUCUGGCAGGACCCCUGCAGUCUCCCUGGCUGUGCCAGGUGACCAACCGUCUUGGUUUGUCCAGGAUGUUUCCUUGUCCCAGGAAACUCCUCUACCCCAGGCACAUGGGGACAGUGGGUCACCCUAUUUCUAUGGAUGGCCGUGAAAGUUUUCAGUAACUCAAGGGGCAGCCCUGAACACCCAUUUGUGCUCACAGGUUGGCCAAGAGCAGCUUAGAGGAUCUCCCAAGGAUGAAAGAGUGUCAAGCCAUGAUGGAAAAUGCCCCUUCCAAUCAGCUGCCUUCGCAAGCAGGGAUCACAGCAACCCCUCGGGGAUCCCCAAUCCACGCCCUUCUAGUCCAACCCCCCUUAACGAGAGAGGCAGGCAGAUCUCACCCAGCACUAGGACACCAGGAGGCCAGGUGCCUUUCCGCAGCUUUUCCAUGGAAGCCCUGGUCCCACCUCCCUGGCUCUACCCCAGGAACCUCCUGGCCUGGGCUUCUGAGCUGGGACAUGCUGAGGUCAUCCCAGACAGGAGGGAGGGCUGGCUGAAAUCCACAAACUGCAGAGCAGCUCUCUGAUGGUGUCCCACACAGAAAAUGUUAAGGAUUCCAAGAGCCCUCCCAGACCAGUGAUGUGUCCCUCCAGCUCCCCUUGCCUGUGGGGAAUCGGGUCUGAGUCACUUGAUGAGUAGGCACUGGAGCCGUUACCCAGGAUGCUACAUCCCUAGUCCUCCAUGCAGCCCAUCUUCCCUCAUUUGGGUGGAGGUACACAUUCGGGGCAAAGGCCCCUUCUCGGCAUCAAGGAGCACCAGCUACAAACCAAGUCUAGCACAGUGUUAGAGGCUCUGCCCCGAGGUUCUGCUCCGGGGAAACCUUCACAGUAGAGACCUUGGGGUGUGCGCUUUGGGGCUCCCUCAGUCUCUCACUGUGCUGUGUCCUUGCAGCGGGGCUGAGGUAGCACCCUGCUCUGUCACUUGCUGCUCAAGCUGGAGGACCCAGGCAGCAGGGCAUCGUGCCCAGCUGGCAUCUGCUGUCCUUUUCUAGGGAAAGCAUUUCUGGCUCACCAUGUAAAAUCUGGCUUGGAGCGAGUGGGUGUUCUGCACACUGGGCAGCUGUGCCUCACUGGAUCUAGUGUUGCUGCGAGUGCCCUCACUUCAGAGCCCCUCUAGCAGAGUGGGGCGGAUGCCCUGAUGGUUGGCGUCCAUGAGGUGGAAGCUGCUUUUAUACUUAAAACUCAGAUCACAACAGGAAAUGUGUCAGUAACAAUGGACCUCCAUCCAAUGGGAAAGUUCCUGGUACUGAAGGGGUCCAUUGGACACUCACAAAAGAAGUUCAGGGGCCAACUUCUUAGCUGGAAGCCUGGCAAGAUGAGGACCCUCUCCGGGGAAGGGAGAGGACUGACUUAGUGGAAGGUGGUGAAGUGAGGAGAGUUUAGGGGACCCUCCCCCUAAUGGAACAGAUCUCAAGUUUACCCUAAACCUGCCAUUUCUGGAAAAUCUGUAAAGAGGAAACAGCCUGUCUCAGUUGUAUUCUCAUGAUACAGGUCAUUUGAAAUUAACCAAGAAAUAAAACAUAAAAAUCCAAGCAUGGAGAAGGUGGUAUGGCUGGGUUUUGUUUGGUCCCUUUGUCCUCAUACGUUCUGAAGUUUCCAGACUGGCUUUGUCACUUUGUGAACUCAUCAUGUGUGAAAACCAAUCUUUGCAUAUAGGGAACUUCCUCGGGCCACACUUUAAGAACCAAGUAAGAGGCUCUCAAGACUCCAGCAGAGUCAGGAGGCCAUGGCAGAGCCUCAGAGGAGCUGGAACCUGCACCCACCUCUGUCAGGGGGGACCUCCUUUCCCCACAGACUCUGCCCUCCCUCUGUGCAGAUGGAAGUGACAGGGGACGGUGACCAGCUUGUGACAAGAAGACUGAAGGGUCCAGAGUCCAUGCUCACGGAACAGCACCAAAGAAAAGCACUAUGUGGAAAGAUUGUUUUAUUUUCUAAUAAUGAUAAUAUGGCUGGAAUGGCUUCUUAAGAUGUAUAUAUUUUUUAAAAUGGCAGUUCCCCAUUGCUGCAUCACCUACUUGUACGUCUUUCUUCUUCUGUAUAUGUUCUCCCAGAAACCCCCAUGUAAAUCAAAUGCCCUAGGAUGCUUCCAUCCUGGUCCCAUGUAUCUGGAAUCUAAUAAAUAAGGAAAGGAACUA